GCGGCGGCUUUCGCUACAGCUCCCACCGCCUCAAGCUUUCGAGACGUCUCUCACAACUCUGCUUUCCCCGCCACUGCGCCACCCGCGCUGCGCCAUUCGCUACUGCUCCCCUUGCCGCGAGAUUUCUAGCCGUCUGACAACUCGGCUUUCCCCGCCACUGCGCCACCCGCGCCACCCGCGCCACGCCAUUCGUCCGCCUUCCGCCACCCACGUCAGCAGCCAGUUUCCUCCAUUUCCGCGAAAUAUCCUUCGGUCUUGAGAAUUCUCAGAGACAAAACACCUCCUCCAAAUUCGCGAUACCCUUUGACGAACCACCCAUGUCGUUCGGGUUCAUCUACUACCGCGAUCUCCGUCCCCCCGCGAUCGACGAGCUCCCCGCAUCUCUCGCCGUUUCCCCCAUCGCCGUCCCCUCAUAGCCGAAAUCCUCUCGCUGUUUUUCAAGGCGUUCGUCCCCACCUUCGCCCCCACCUCCGUCCACCUCCGUCCACCUCCGUCCACCUCCGUCCACCUCCGUCCACCUCCGUCCACCUCCGUCCACCUCCGUCCACCUCCGUCUACCUUCGUCCACCUUCACAACAUGUCGUUCGGGUUCAUCUACUACCCCGAUCUCCGCCCCCCUGCGAUCGACGAGCUCCCCGCGUCGCUCGCGGCGCUCAGCGAGGAAGCCGUGCUGGCGGCGCGCGAGGCCGCGUACGAGCAGCAGCUUAUAGCGGUGCGCGCCUCUAACGAGGACACCGCGCCGAUCGGGCAGGCAGGGGGGAGGGAGAGGGAGGGGGGGGAGGUUGAGGGGGAGGUGGAGGAGGAGGAGGAGGAAGAGGAGGAGGAGGGGGAGGGGGAUGCGAUGGAUGGUGGGGGGGACGAUGGGAUGAGCGACGAAUUCGGGCAAGAGACAGGGGGGGGAUUGUAGGGUGUGAGAGGUACGGCUGUGAUAUUAGAAGCAGUGAUGAGAGACGGUGUGAUAAUAGAGGGCGUGGUAAUGCAGGCAGUGCCGUGGAUGGCGGGGGGGACGAUGGGAUGAGCGACGAAUUCGGGCAAGAGACAGGGGGAGGGUUGUAGCCGCAAGGGUUGUAGCAGGGGGGCUGUAUUGUGACUGUGCUUAUACAGGCAGUGAUAGUAACGGGUAUACUGGAUGGUGGGGGGGUUGAUGGGAUGAGUGAUGAAUUCGGGCAAGAAACAGGGGGAGGGUUGUAGCCUAGCAGGGGGGAGAUAAUAGUGUGACUUGGUUCGGAUGUGAUAAUACACGCAGUGCUAAUCAAGGGUGGUGCAGGCAGCAGGCUGUGUGUUGCAGGGAUGGAGGCUGGUGCCUUUAGGAUGGUGGGGGGACGAUGGGAUGAGUGAUGGAUUUGGGCAAGAAGCAGGGGGAGGGUUGUCGUGUGAGAGAAUUACAGCCGUGGGUUUAGAGGGCGUGGCAGAGCAGGCAGCUCCAUGGACGGUGGGGGGAUGAUGGGAUGAUCAGUGAUGAACUUGGGCAACUGGGGGAGGGUUGCAGCAGGGGAGGGUUGCAGCAGGGGAGGGUUGUAGCAGGGUAGGGUUGUAGCAGAGGAGGGUUGUAGCAAGAGGGGGGGGGGGUUGUGCUGUGACUGAGUUACAGGCUGUGAUCAAGGGGGAGGGGAUCAUGGGAUGAGUGAUGGGCUUGGGAGAGAGGGGGGGGGGGGGGGGGGGGGGGGGUUUGUAGCAAGGGGUGUUGUUGUGUGAGUGUGAUAAUACAUGCAGUGAUUGUAGAGGGUAGGCUACUGUGAUAGUGCAGACGGCAUAAUGGAUGGUGGUGGGGAGGAUGAUGGGAUGGGUGAUGCAUUUGGGCAGGAGACGGGGGGUUGUAGUGUGACUGAUCAAGGCUGUGAUAAUACAGGAUGGCGGGUGGUGAGGGUGGUGGUGGUGUCGGGCAGGGGUGUUGGUAGUGUGAGUGACUGGCCUAGGAUUGUCUCGUGAUUCCGGCAGGUGUGGAUUUUUACAAUUCUCGAAAACCAUAUCUCGAAAAGCAAUUCUAGAAAACUUCUUCAGAGUCGUGCAUGCAUGAGAAAGCAUGUGUGUGGUCGUGCAUGCUGCGUUGCGCCCCUGGGCAUGGGGUGGUGUCAGCAUGUGGAAGAGUCUGUUCCGAUGUUGUUACCA